GGUUUUCCUGAGAAGAUACAGUUAAUAUUUUAUAUUCGUUCGUUAGAUCGUCCUCCGCAGUAAGCAUUCGGUGCUCGAAGGAGGCAAGUUCGUUAAACAAGAUGUAUACACUACAAAGAAGUUUUUUGGCGUUUUGCCUAUUUGCAUCAACCAUGGCCGCGGCAGUUGAAAAUAAUUUAGCUGUUCAGGCUGUUUCUCAAAGCGCCCAUUUGUUCUCCGCCAACUUCGUCAAGACCGUUUCAGAAGGACAAUCAGACAAUUUAAUAUGUUCUCCCCUGAGUGCCCACAUCGCCUUGAGCAUGGCAGCUGAUGGAGCUGCCGGAAGUACCGAGGCGCAGUUUAAAGAUGUUCUCAAGCUUCCAGCUUCAAAACCACAAACUCUAGAAGGCUAUCAGAAUCUCAUCGACAAAUUGAAUAACGUUGAGAAUGUUACUUUGAAGCUCGCUAAUAAGAUGUUUGUCGGCAAAGACUUCCCAGUAAAACCUGAAUACAAACAGGAUCUCCAGACAUAUUAUAAAUCUGACAUUCAAUCAGUAGACUUCAGUAAAAGCCAAGAAGCUGUGAACACCAUUAAUACCUGGUGCAAAGAACAAACAAAUGAUCGCAUCAAGAGCAUCAUUAAUGAAGGCGAUGUGGAUGAUAGUACUGCACUGGUGCUCGCAAACGCGGUGUAUUUUAAGGGCCUAUGGGCACAUCAGUUCGAUCCUAAGCUUACCACGGACCGUCCGUUCCAUAUUGAUGCCAACACCGUGAAAGAUGUUCCAACUAUGUACAGAAAGGGCAACUAUAAAUAUGUCGAAUUGCCGGAAUACGAUGCUAAAUGCAUCGAAUUACCAUAUGCGAAUGAAGAAGUCAGUAUGGUAAUCAUUCUACCCAAUAAAAUUGACGGUCUAGCUGCGUUGACCGACAAACUCGAGGAAGUUAGCGCGGAAUGCAGCUCUCGCCUCACCCAAAUAUACGAACGUGAAGUCCGAGUAUAUCUGCCCAGAUUCAGGAGUGAGACCAAGUUGGAUCUCAAGGAUACAUUGUCCAAUAAGAUGGGUCUUAGUGAGGCAUUCAGCAGUAAAGCUAACUUUAAUGGCAUUUCGGAUGUACCUUUGAAGAUCGACAAAGUCGUGCAAAAAGCUUUCAUCGAAGUUAAUGAGGAAGGUAGCGAGGCAGCCGCCGUCACUGGCAUCAGCAAUCGAAGAUUUCUACCCAAUUUCAAGAACUUCGAAGCAAACAGACCAUUUUCAUUCGUAAUGAGAUGGUCAAACGAUUUCGAACUAUUCCGAGGCGUCGUAAAUGAUCCGAGAUUAAGAAGUUAAAGAGAUGAGUCGCACGUGUGAACAUCAUAAAAUGUGGUAGCAGCUAAACGAUCUGUAAGAUCUCUUAUUAACCUGCUUAUCCUUUUUUUUCUUUUUGCAUUAAUUUUAUCACUUGCGAUCAUUCUUGUAAUUUCUUCACAUUUUACACAAAUCGAACCUCGCAACUGACUACAACGAUAUAGGCUGUGUUCCGAUAUGCACUGCCAGUACUGAAAAUCUACAGUAUAUAUUUACAGUAUACAUAACGUAAACUAUAGAUUUUCAGUACUGGCAGUGUAUAUCGAAAUACGGCUAUAAUUACUGUUUAUUGGGACACCAAUAAUUCAAUUAUAAGAUUUUUACGAACAUAAAGAUUCGAAUAAAUUAGAUGCAAACAUUAUAAACAAUAAUUGAUAACAGCGAGAAAAGAACGGAGAAGAAAAAAAUUUUCUCAAAGAGAACCAAGUUAAAUUUGAGAUAUGCAACAUUUGUACAGGGAUUGCAUUGACAAAAAAGAAACAAAUGGAUAAAGAUUUCGAUAUACAGAUUGCCUUGUUAUUUUAUUCGCAGGAGUUCAAAAUCGUUCGUGCUACUUAUAGUUAGCAUAG